UCUUUCUCUCUCUCACUCUCUUUGCCAAUAGUUUUUAGACAAUCAUUUUAUAAGGUUAUAAGAGCUCACUUUUUCUUUGGAUGAAAAAUAAACAACAUAAUACAAACUUGUAAUCAUGCUGAUCAGCAUGAUUAGUCAAAAAUCUUCCAAGUGAGAAGACGGAAACAAUCUUAUUUUUCAAAAGUUUUCUAAACAAUUUUGCAACAUUGUUAUUGUUUUCAAAUAUUUAUAAAACGAAAAAAUAAAAAAAAGAGGGAGAAAUUCUCACAAUGUCAGAGAAAAUUCCAAUUGAAGAAAUUCGUUUUCCAGUUCCAUGGGGUCACGUGGCAGCGAAAGGCUGGGGUUCACCUCGAAAUUAUCCAGUUCUUGUUGUUCAUGGAAUAAUGGACAAUGCAGGAUCAUUUAAUCGACUAAUUCCCCUUCUUCCCGAUAGAUUUUAUUACCUCUGCAUUGAUUUACCGGGUCAUGGAUUAUCAUCGCAUUUCCCCGCUGGCAUUCCACUUGAUUUUUUCAACUACACUCUUUGCAUUGAACUCAUUGUUCAAUCAUUAGGCUGGAAAGAAUUUAUUUAUCUCAGUCACAGUCUUGGUGGAAUUAUUGGUUCAUUUUACCUGGCACUCUAUCCGGGAAGGAUUAAAAAAAUGAUUGCACUCGAUUUGGGAUUGCCGUCCGAUUACAGUGGCGAUAGACUUGUAGCGCGAGUUCAGGAUCUUCAAAAGAAUGCCCUCAUAAUUUAUCGUGAUAAAUCGAUAAGACUUCAUUCCUACGAUGAUGUGAUUUAUGCGCUAAAAUACAAGAGAAUGCAUUGUUUAAACGAUUCAGCGGCUGAGGAAUUAUUUGAACGGGCAGUGACGAAAAUUGACGAUAAAUACAAAUAUAAUCGUGAUGCAAGAUUGAAAAUGACAGUGAGGCCAAUAUUUUCACUUGAGCAAUAUUUAAAUUUUUACAGUCGUAUUAAUGUGCCCUUUUUAUUUAUAAUAACGUCAAUUCAUGUGAAUACUGUGCCGAAAAUGGUUGGAAUUGAGGAGGGAAUAGGUCUUUUGAAAAAAAUUAAAUCAUUAAAGUUUCACAUUGUUGAGGGCAAUCACGAUGUUCAUAAUAAUCAUCCGGAAAGGGUGUCAACAAUUAUUACAAAUUUUCUAGAUACACAAAUUAUUCCUAGCAAAUUGUAAAUUAUUUCAUAUAAUACAAUGUAAAUCGAUUAUGUUUGUAAUAAUUUUGAUAUAAUUAUUCAUUUAUCGAAAUUAUACUUCCAAUAAAGAUAAAAUUUUUGUUUUUAAUA